CCACUGUCAACACUUGGCUCGCUGCUGCGGAGCAACGACGAUGUCGGAGCAGGAGUCUCUGAGGUGCUCCAGUGCCAGAAACCGUGGAGGCGUACAAAGGGUGGAGGGAAAACUGCGAGCCAGUGUAGAAAAAGGGGAUUAUUAUGAAGCACAUCAGAUGUACAGGACUUUAUUUUUUAGGUACAUGUCACAGGCUAAACAUGCUGAGGCCAGGGAGCUGAUGUACAAUGGUGCUCUACUCUUCUUCAGCUAUAACCAGCAAAACAGUGCAGCAGACCUGUCCAUGCUGGUUCUGGAGGUGUUGGAGAAAUCUGAGACAAAAGUUGAAGAUGAUAUAUUAGAAAGCCUGGCUAAGUUGUUCAGCCGGAUGGAGCCGAACUCCCCUGAGAGAGUAGCAUUUGUGUCCAGAGCCUUGAAAUGGUCCACAGGAGGAUCUGGCAAGUUGGGUCACCCGAAACUACACCAGCUGCUGGCUGUCACCUUGUGGAAAGAACAAAACUACAGUGAGUCUCGUUACCACUUCCUGCAUUCGUCUGACGGGGAGGGCUGUGCGCAGAUGCUGGUGGAGUUCUCGGCCUCUCGAGGCUUCCGCAGCGAGGUCGACAUGUUUGUGGCGCAGGCCGUCCUACAGUUCCUCUGCUUAAAGAACAAAAACAGCGCUUCCGUGGUGUUCAGCACAUACACAGAGAAACACCCGUCCAUAGAAAAGGGCCCUCCCUUCGUCCAGCCUCUACUGAACUUUAUCUGGUUUCUGCUGCUGGCAGUGGAUGGGGGUAAAUUAACAGUUUUCACAGUGUUAUGUGAGCAAUACCAACCUUCUCUAAAGAGGGACCCCAUGUAUAAUGAGUAUCUCGACAGAAUAGGACAGGUUUUCUUUGGCGUUCCACCCAAACAGUCACCAUCAUACGGUGGACUGCUAGGAAACCUGCUGAACAGCCUGAUGGGAUCAGGCGAGGAUGAUGAUGGAGCUGAAGAAGCCCAGGAGGACAGCAGCCCCAUAGAGCUGGACUGAGCCUGCGACAGCCUGACAAGAAAUCAAAUGAACAAAAAAAAAAAAAAGAAGAGGAAGUCCACGCCGCCUCUGUCCUUCACCUCCACAACAAGGAUGGGGCGAGGUGCUGGCCUGUGUUUUCAGAGGUGUGCUGUUUCCAAAAACCCUUCCCCAACCAUCAAGUCUAAAAUCAGAGCAAGUAUCCGGCCACAAAAUUCUCCCUUCAGCACUGCCGGGACUGACUGCGCCAAACUGCAAACUCUUCCCGUGUUGAUUUAUUGUAAGAUUAUAUUAUUUUAUUUUAACCCUGAUUUUUGGUUGGUUGGGGACUCUCGCUCUUUGUUUAGGGUGUAUGAUUUUUAAACAUAACAAAGCGCCCUCUCCCUGUGAUAACCUGCUCCAAAGAUGUGGGAGUGGUUUUGAGUCUCUCAGUGGAGAGGAUAGCAUCACAUGUACACACAUCCUCUUCAUAAUGUCGACUGCAUCGUUAAAGGAGGGUUCAGUCCACUUACUACAUUUA